UAAACACAGAUUUUUCUGACACUAUAAUUAGUUGAAUGAGUAGGGUUGGCAAUCUCUCUGCUCUGGGAACUGGCUGGAAGUCAAGAAAAAAGAGAUUUGUUCAAGAGUGGUCACGUGAAUACAGUACUCAGCAGGCCAAGAAAAUUACAACCACAAUCUUCCUCCAAAAGCAGUCAGACUGACUGGGAAUGCUCAAAACAAGCAAACAGAAUGAGACCAAUACAGACAUGAUAGAGUCUGGAGAGAAGUAGAAGCCAUUUUCUUGGAGUGAGGAAACCAAGUCUCAACACACUCUCUUCAGACAUUUCAAAUACCAAGAUGGUUAAGAGAGAGAUAAGUGUGUGCCAACAGACGUGGGCCUUAUUGUGCAAGAAUCUUCUCAGGAAAAAGAGACUGAAGAGAGACACAUUUUUGGAAAUCCUGUACACAGCACUUAUACUACUUAGUUUAACUUUAUUUCUGAAAUUGCAUGAAGUUUAUGAUUUUUCAUCACUGCCUGAUGUGGACCUGGGACGCAUAGAUUCAUUUAAUGACUCCAACUUUAAAAUUGCAUACACACCUGUCACCCCCACAAUUCAGAAGAUAAUGGAUACAGUCUCCUUGGUGUCUUACAUGACAGGAAGAAAAAUAUUGGCUUUUCCAAAUGAAGAAAAUAUGACAGAACUCAUUUCAGAACGUUAUGAUGAUGUAGUAAGGGUCAUAUUCACCAAUGCUUCCUCCUACCAUUUGAAGUUCAUGAAAGGAAGAAGGAUCCCAGUCAUAAGAGAAUUUCAGGACCACACAGCUCAUUGUCAUUCCUAUGGAGAUAAGAUAUUUUGUGAUGUUUCAAGCUUCUGGAUAGAUGGGUUUGUGGCUCUUCAAGCUGCCAUCAACGCUGCCAUCAUAGAAGUCACAACAAAUCACUCAGUGAUGGAAGAGAUGAUGUCACUUACUGCAAAAUACAUCAAGAUAGAUCCUUUCGUUGGGCAAGGGGGAACAGUGACGGACUACUUCCUUUUGUUCUGUAUCAUUUGUUUCUCCCCACUUACCUACUAUAUCUCAGCUGGUGUUACAAGAGAAAGGAAAAAGAUGAAGGGCUUGAUGACAGUGAUGGGCCUUCGGGAUUCAGCAUUCUGGCUGUCCUGGGGUUUGCUCUAUGGUGUCAUUGUCUUCAUUGUGACCCUUCUCUUGACAUAUAUUGUAAAAAUGGUCCAAUUUGUCUUUUCGACUGGAUUUAUGGUGAUCUUCAUUCUCUUUUUCUUCUAUGGCUUAUCUCUGAUAUCUUUGUCUUUCUUGAUGAGUGUCUUACUAAAGAAGUCUUUCCUCACUGACUUGAUGGUGUUCUUUCUCACUAUUUCCUGUGGAAGUCUUGGAUUCACAGCAUUGUACAGAUACCUCCCUGUAUCCGUGGAAUGGCUUCUAAGUUUGCUCAGCCCCUUUGCCUUUAUGCUUGGAAUGGCCCAGCUCUUACACUUAGAUUAUGAUGUGAAUUCAAAUGCAGACACCAUGGGAAACCCAAAUGAGGUCAUGGGCACAAUCUUCAUGCUGCUCUUUGAUGGUGUCUUCUACCUGAUGUUGACAUUCUACUUUGAAAAGGUUUUACCAAGUGAAUAUGGACGUCGGUACCCACCCUUGUUUUUCCUGAAGUCCUCAUUCUGGUCAGGACAAAAUCUAGUGGAUCUCCCAGCCCAUGAGAAUGAAACAGACUAUGAGAUUUCUGAUGACUGUUUUGAACCUGUGUCUGCAGAAUUCCAUGGGAAAGAAGCCAUCAGAAUCAGAAAUCUUACUAAGGACUACAUACAAAAGUCUAAGUGCACAGAAGCUUUGAAAGAUCUGACAUUGGAUGUAUAUAAAGGCCAGAUUACUGCAAUCCUUGGUCACAGUGGAGCUGGGAAAUCAACACUAUUAAAUAUCCUUAGUGGGCUGUGUGUUCCCACCAAAGGUUGGGUCACUAUCCAUAAUAAGAGACUCUCAGAAAUGACGGACUUGGAAAGUAUCAGCAAGCUCACUGGAGUUUGUCCACAAUGCAAUGUGCAAUUUGACUUCCUCACUGUAAGAGAAAAUCUUAGGCUCUUUGCUAAAAUAAAAGGAAUUCAAGCACACGAAGUGGAUAAUGAGGUACAAAGAGUUUUGCUGGAAUUGGAGAUGAAAAAUAUUCAGGAUAUUCUUGUUCAAAACCUAAGUGGUGGACAGAAGAGAAAGCUGACAUUUGGAAUCGCCAUUUUAGGAGACCCUCAGAUUUUCCUACUGGAUGAGCCCACUGCUGGGCUGGAUCCCUUUUCAAGGCACAGGGUGUGGAAUCUCCUGAAGGAGCGCAAAGCAGACCGUGUGGUCCUCUUCAGCACACAGUUCAUGGAUGAGGCUGACAUCCUGGCUGAUAGGAAAGUGUUCAUCUCCAAGGGGAAGCUGAAGUGUGCAGGCUCUUCCUUGUUUCUGAAGAAGAAAUGGGGGAUUGGAUAUCACUUAAGCUUGCAGCUGAGUGAAGGGUGUGUGAGUGAAAGAAUAACAACUCUUGUCAAGCAGCACAUCCCUGAUUCCAAGUUGUCAGCAGAAAGUGAAGGACAACUCAAUUACAUAUUACCCCUGGAGAGAACGAACAAGUUUCCAGAUCUUUAUAGGGAUCUUGAAAGAUGUCCAGACUUGGGAAUUGAAAACUACGGUGUUUCUAUAACAACUCUGACUGAGGUAUUUCUGAAACUGGAAGGAAAAUCAGUGAUUGACCAGUCAGAUAUUGGUGUGACAGAAGACAUACAAGCUGGAGGGGAAAGGGGCCCAGGGAGACUUGCUGAUGUGGAAGACCUUGUCUCUUUGCUUAAUGAGAUGAGUAAGACAAAGGGGGGCAUGGCUCUCUGGUGGCAGCAACUCUGUGCAGUGACCAGGCUUCGCUUCUUGAAGUUAAAGUAUGAAAGGAAAUCCAUUGCUCUGCUGAUUCUGAUUUUGGGGAUUGGACUUCUGCAUGUUUUGUCAGCAAAUAUUCACAGGAUAGUCCAUCAAAGUGACUACUGUUGGGAGCUCGAUCCUCGUAUGUACUUCCUCACACCUGGCCAACAACCUCGGAUGCCCCUCACAAACUUACUGAUUGUCAACAAAACAGGAGCAAAGAUCAAUGACUUCAUACAUUCACUAGAGCAACAGAACAUAGCUUUGGAAGUUGAUGCCUUUGGGACUAGAAAUGGCACAGAGGACAGUCAGUAUAAUGGAGCCAUCAUCGUAUCAGGUGGUGAGAAGAAUUACAACUUUACAUUGGCAUGCAAUACCAGGAGACUGAAUUGUUUUCCAGUCCUGGUGGAUAUUGUGAGCAAUGGGCUACUUGGACUGUUCGCACCAGCAGCACACAUUCAAACUGACCGCAGCACGUUCCCUGAGGAUAACGACCACAGAAAAUUUGACUAUGUGGCUUACUUCUUCUCAUGGAUCUUCUUCAUGGCCUGUGUUCCUCCUUACAUUUCCAUGACCAGCAUUGAUGACUAUAAGACCGGAGCUCAGUUCCAGCUGUGGAUUUCAGGGCUCUCCCCAUCUGCAUACUGGUUCGGGCAGGCUCUGUUUGAGGUUCCAGUCUACUUUGCACUCAUUUUUUCCAUGUACAUUGCAUUCUAUGCCCAAGCCCCUCCAGAGAGUAUGUUCACAGCUGGAGAUCUGUUCAUUCAGAGUCUCUAUGUUGGUGGCUAUGCCAUGUCAAUUAUUUUUAUGACAUAUGUGAUUUCAUUCAUUUAUCGCAAGGGGAGGAAAAAUAGUGGCAUUUGGUCUUUUUGCUUCUAUAUUGUCUCUUUCUUCUCUAUGUGUUUUAUGCAAAUAGAUUUAUUUAGAGAAAGUUCAGUGUUUUGUUCUAUAGCCCUGAUUCCACCUGCUACACUGGGAGGCUGCACAUUAUUACAUUUUGAGAAUCGUGAAUUUUCUGGAAUUGAUUCUGAACAAGGAAUGGAAUAUUCCUAUCUGCUUUUGCUAGCUCCUUUUCUUCAUUUUGCCAUCUUCCUAGUUAUUCUUCGAUGUCUGGAAAGGAAGCUUGGAAUGAAAACAAUGAGAAUGGAUCCCGUCUUUAGAAUUUCUUCUAGAAAUGAUCCUGUAUUUAACAAUCCAGAAGAACCAGAAGGGGAAGAUGAAGAUGUGAGUCUGGAAAGAGUGAGGACAGCAAAUGCUUUGACUUCAGAGGAAUUCCGGGAGAUGCCAGCCAUCAUUGCCAGCUGCCUUCGCAAGGAGUACAAGGGAAAAAAGAAAUGCUUCGUUCUUAAGAGCAAGAAGAAGAUAGCCACAAGAAACAUCUCUUUUUGUGUUCGAAAAGGUGAGAUUUUAGGAUUACUGGGACAUAAUGGAGCUGGUAAAAGUACAUCCAUUAAGAUGAUAACUGGAGAAACCAAGCCAAGUGCUGGACAGGUGGCUUCAAGAGUUGCCUUUUAUGUCUUCUCUCAACGUCUGUCCCUGUGCCCUCCUUCACUCCGCACAAUGCUACUUCUGUCCUCUGAGUUUGGCCAAGAAUACAGCAAACUUCAUCCUUCGACAGGCCUUUGCUCCUGGUCUUUGAUCUUCUGUGAAUGAGUUUCUCCUAGUCCGGUCCACAGCUAAUACCUUCUUCUUCUCUCCUGACAUGGCAAUUCGGCAAAAUAAUGAUCUGGAUGAGGUACUGCUGAAAGGGAACAGCACAGGGGGCACCCCAGGGUUCCUGGGGUACUGUCCUCAGGAAAAUGCUCUCUGGCACAACUUGACUGUGAGGGAACACCUGGAGAUAU